AUGCCUUGCUUCUGGAUCCUUCGUGAGCCAACAGAAUUAAGGAAAACAAAGUUGUGCAUCAAUAAAAUACAAGGUGCAGUCGUCGCACAACAAUCUCAAUCUCAACGGGUCAACGAUCCAACUCAACCGCCAACACGCGAUCAACGAUCGUGCUCACUUGCAACGCAAGCUGAGCUAACGCUGUUAGCAAUAGCAAAUGCACAAGUCAUCACAUCAUCUUCAACUUACAAUGCAAGGCUACUCGUCGACUCCGGAUCGGAGCUUAGCUUCGUCUCUGAAGAUCUCGUCGAACAGCUGGGACUUCAACGCACUCAAUCAACAAUCUCCAUCACUGGCAUUGGUGGCAAAAAAUCAACACAAACUCUAGGUACUGUAUUAUUACAUUUACAAUCUCUUUACAAUACCUCAUCAGUUUUGAUACAAACUCAUAUAUUACGAACUUUAACUGCAACAUUGCCAUCUUCUGAGGCACCCAAGGAAGAAUGGCCACAGCUCAACCGUCUCAAGUUGGCAGAUCCUAAUUUCUACAAACCAAGAUCAAUCGACAUUAUCAUCGGUGCCGACAAUUACGGACGGAUUAUUAAACCAAAUUUAGUUAAAGGUUCGCCAUCAAUGCCAGUCGCCCAGCUCUCUAUAUUCGGAUGGCUCGUUAUUGGACCAGCAAGCAUACGUCAAGCUCGUGCUUAUUCAUCAUUCAAUGCAACGGUCUCUCAAGAUAGCGACGCUGCUCUGAGAGAAUUGCUGACGAAAUUCUGGAUUCAAGAGGAGCCUCCAACGGAAACAACAUCUCAACUCACACCUGAAGAACAAGAGUGUGAAAAUCACUUUCUUGCAACGCAUGGACGUGAUUCUACUGGGCGAUACGUGGUGCGUAUUCCUCUUAAAUCAAAUACUAAAGUCUUGGGCAAUUCUUACAGUACUGCUCGUUCCUGCCUGCGACGCACGCUUAACAAGCUCAGCAGGAAUCCUGAGUACCGUGAACAAUACCAACGGUUCAUGAAAGAAUACGAGGACCUCGGUCACAUGAAGAAGGCUUCUUCAAUCUCGCCCAAUGACACUUCAAUCUACUAUCUUCCUCAUCACGGAGUUUUCAAGCCUGACAGCGAAACAACAAAGCUGCGGGUUGUCUUCAAUGGCUCAAGUCCAACAACAACUGGAAUUUCUGUCAACGACAUCAUGCACACUGGUGCGAAUCUUCUGCUCAACAUCAACGACGUUUUGCUGUGGAUUCGCCAUCACAAAUGCAUCUUUGGCACGGACAUCACAAAGAUGUACCGUCAAGUACGAGUACAUGAAGACGACUGGAAUCUCCAACGGAUACUGUGGAUUGUCGAGGAAUCAAAUGAAGUUCCAUACACAUUAACAACAGUCACCUACGGUACCAAAGCUGCACCAUUUCUUGCAGUCAGAGCCCUGUUGCAACUUGCAGAGGACGAGGGUCAACGCUACCCACUGGCUGUACCAUCCAUCAAAUAUGCAAGUUUCACAUUCACUACAAAAUCUCACCACAAUCUCAAUUUCACAAAACGCCUUGUUUUAUCUGAAGUAGCACAGAUAUUUGAUCCGCUUGGCCUUUUGUCACCAAUCAUUAUUCGAGCGAAGGUAUUCCUGCAAGAAUUAUGGCUUCUCAAUCUCAAAUGGGAUGAUCCACUGCCAUCCAAUGUUAAAACACGUUGGAUCGCGAUCAGAGAAGAUCUUACAAGCUUGGCCAAGCUCUCAAUGCCAAGGUGGUUCAACACCUACAACAAUUCUACAGUGGAAUUACACGGCUUCUCUGACGCUUCACAACUCGCCAUGGCAGCAGUAAUUUACAUUACUGUUUUCUCACCGUCCACAGAUCUCAAAGUGACGUCACUGGUGUGCUCCAAAACAAAGGUCGCACCUCUCAAGAAACUUACAAUUCCCCGACUCGAGCUCACAGCUGCGCUGAUACUUGCAAAAUUACUGAAGUACGUUCAAGCCAAUCUCAAACUUAACAUUGCUACAAUUCACCUGUGGACGGAUUCGCAAGUAACACUUACAUGGAUCAAAUCUCACGCAUCACGAUGGAAAGACUACGUCAGAAAUCGUGUAACACAAAUUCAAGAACUAACGAAAACUGCAACUUGGAUGCACGUUCCUAGUACAUCAAAUCCUGCUGAUUGCGCUUCAAGAGGAUUAACUACAAUUCAGCUUGAACAACACGAGCUAUGGUGGAGGGGACCACCAUGGCUUUUACAAUCUCAAGAAUCAUGGCCUGUACAACGCAACGCAUCUGACGACACUUGCCUGCAGGAGUGUCGUCCAGGAAUCUCGCACGUUUAUCUCCAAACUGAGAAAGUCAACUGCUUCAACGAGGCUCUCAAACUCACCAGCUGA